AUGGCAGAGCGUGCCGCGGCGCACGUCCGCGCCCUCGACAGGGAUAUACUCGACGGCCUCGUGCGAGGCGGAUACACACUGCGUAACGGCGGCGAGCACGAUUGUGGGGUCUACCACCUCUUCGUCACGCGCGGCGGGGGGUACUACAUCGAUAACGGCGCGUGCCGCAAGAUAAUCGACGGCAAGAUAAAGGUCAAGUCCGGUGUCGAGGUCGAGAGGAUCACACCGGGCGGCGUCGUGUUCACGGACGGGACCGAGCUGCCUGCAGAUAUCAUCGUCGUGGCUACAGGCUUCGAUGACGUGCGCGUGCCGAUCCGCAAUCUGCUCGGUGAGCCCGCCGGGGCGGCAGUUCCGCCGCUGUGGGGCCUGAACGCCGAGGGCGAGCUCAAGGGCCCCUGGCGCGAGCUCCAAAAUCUGCCGAACAUGUGGCUCAUGAUGGGUCGGGAUGCUGACGAGAUUUGCGCAGGCAACUUCGGAUGGUGCCGAUGCUUCUCGAAGAUCUUGGCGCUGCAGAUCAAGGCGAAGCAAGAAGGGCUCUACGGGACGCGUUAUGCAGCACCAGUUGAGUGUUGA